GAUAUAAACCAGUUGGUAAGAUAGGAGAGGGAACAUUUUCUGAUAUUCUGAAGACACCAAGUCUUAGGGAUGGAAAGUACAAUGCAUGUAAACAUGUGAAGCAACAUUUUGAAAGUGAUUAAAAAAAAGCUGGCUCCCUUGCACUGAUAUGUGAACUUAUGGACAUGAAUAUUUAUAAGCUGAUAAAAGGAAGGAGAAAGCCAUUAUCUGAAAAAAAAACCCCAAACAAGAACUACAGGUACAAGUUAUGCAAAUCUCUUGAUUACAUACAUCUAAAUGGGAUAUUUCACAGAGAUGUGAAACCAGAAAACAUAUUAAUGAAGCAGAAUACCCUGAAGUUAGGAGAUUUUGGAUCUUGUAGGAGUAUCUAUUCCAAGCAGCCACAGGAAUAUAUCUCCACACGAUGGUACCGAGCACCUGAAUGCUUACUUACAAAUGGCUGCUAUAGUUACAAAAUUGGCAUGUGGAGUGCUGGCUGUGUUUUCUAUGAAAUCGCAAGUUUUCAGCCUCUCUUUCCUGGAUCUAACAAGCUGGACCAAAUUUCAAAAAUCCAUCAUGUUAUAGGCACUGCUGCUAACAAAAAGCUUACCAAGUUCAAGCAGUCAAGAAUUGCAACUUUUUAGUUCCCUUUUAAAAAAGGAAAAGGAAUACCUCUUCUUGUGCACAGUUUGUCUCUCAGAGGCUUUUCUCUCCCAUAUGCAAUGAUAAAAUACGAUCCUGAUGAGAGAAUUGCUGCCCAUCAAGCAUUACAGCACCCAUAUUUUCAAGAACUCUGGAAAGUCCAGGAAAAAACAAAACUACGUGGACCUCAUUGUGGAGAAUUACCAAAGUUAAAUUUUUCCGGAGUACCCAGAUUGACUCCCUGUCCUAUUCCUACAUUGCAUUCAUUUUUCCAGGCACCUAAGGGAAGUGGUGAAAUCCCUAUGUUAGUCUGUUACAUUUACUGGGUCAAAUACCGAG